AUGGGUGUAGCAGCAACUAUCAAGCACUUCGUCGCCAACGAGCAGGAGACUGCGAGAAUGUCCGUUGACGAAACUAUCAGUGAGCGUGCACUUCGCGAAAUCUAUCUCCGCCCGUUUGAGAUAGCCGUUAAGGAAGCCAAGCCUUGGGCACUCAUGACCGCCUAUAAUAAAGUGAAUGGCACACACUGCGAUUCUCAUGAGUGGCUAUUAGCAGAGGUCUUGCGUGGAGAAUGGGGCUGGAAGGGCCUCGUGAUGAGUGACUGGGGCGGCACAAACUCCCUUGCAGGGGGCCUCAAAGCAGGUCUUGAUUUGGAGAUGCCCGGUCCACCUCGGGUGCGUAAAGUCGAUGCAGUUCUUGAGGCAAUCAAAGCAGGUGAGGUCUCUGAAUCGGUGAUCGACGACAGAGCGCGGGGUGUCCUAGAAUUUCUGGAAAAGCUCAACGCUUUCGGCAAGACAGCGUCGACGACUGAGCGUGCGAUUGAUAAGCCUGAGCAUCGAAAGCUCAUUCGAGAUGCUGGCUCCAGGGGUAUCGUGCUGCUCAAGAACGAGGGCGCGAUCCUGCCGCUCACAAAGGAUAAAGUCAAUGGCAAAAAGAUCGCGCUGGUAGGACUUGCAAAAGACGCGCUGGCUCAUGGUGGCGGUAGCGCGGGCGUGAAUGCGCACUACAAGGUGACUCCCUGGGAUGCAUUGAAUUCUGCCCUUGGCGACAGUGUUGAAUUCACUUACGCAAAGGGCGUGGAUAAGGCACGCCUACUCCCUCCGAUCAGCAAGGAUGGAACUUCCGGGUCGGUCAUUGGUCUAGAUGGGGAAAAUGGGUUCACACGCAUAUUGUAUGAUGUGAACUCCCCCGAUACACCAGAUUCCACCCUGCACGGCUUUGCACUCUCGGCUUACUCCCCGCUUGGAUCACAGGAAUCGCUAUGGAAAAUAUUAGAAAUUGUCGGAGACUUUACUCCAGCCGAGACGGGAAAUCACUAUAUAGCAUGCUCUGGAAUAGGUUCGACACAAGUCUUCAUCAAUGACGACAAAAUUUUCGAGCAGGAGGGAAAUUGCACAGAUCCGAUGGGAGCUCUCUUUGGAGCCAUGACGGAAGAGGAGUUCACAUAUGCUUUCACAGCCGGCACCACAUAUCGAAUCCGGAUUCGCACUAUCCCACCAACUAAUGUCGGCUCGAAAAUUCUAGAAGGCAGGAGCGGUGUUCGAAUGGGGUUUUCGCUUGCAUCAAUCCAUGAUGCAGACCUCGAAGGCGAGGCAGUUCGUGUGGCCAAGGAUGCAGACUUGGCCAUUGUAUUUACUGGCCAUGACCCCCAGUGGGAAACCGAAGGGCGCGACCAAGACUCAUUCCAUCUACCACGACAAGGAAGUCAAGAUAGUCUUAUCACAGCAGUCGCGAAAGCCAACCGAAACACUAUCGUGGUCAACUCUACCGGCGUUGCUGUUGCCAUGCCCUGGCUUGAAGAGGUGCCAGCACUGUUGCAAACUUGGUUCCCGGGGCAAGAGUGCGGCAAUGCCAUUGCCGAUGUUCUAACAGGAGCACUGAAUCCGGAGGGACAUCUCCCGGUUACUUUCCCCAAGCGUCUCGAGGAUGCACCAGCAUACGGAAAUUUCCCUGGAGAUUACGUUCAAGGGCAGCUGAAAGUACAAUACGCGGAAGGUGUGUUCAUUGGAUACCGCCAUUACGACCGCCUUACAAGGGAUAAAGUGAAUUUCCCAUUUGGUUAUGGCCUUUCAUACACAGACUUCGAGGUUGAGGGAGCGAAGAUCACCGAACAUUCGAAAGACGGCUAUACAGUUGCAGCAACAAUUCAAAACACUGGCAGACAACCAGGCGGUAUGGUCCUCCAAGUCUACGCUGGCAAAACUGAUACUUCAGUUGAUCAUCCCCUCAAGGUGCUUGUUGCUUUCCAGAAAGUCAGAUUAUCUCCUGGGGAGAGACAGGUUGUGCAGCUGCCUGUCAGGCUUCGGGAUCUUGCUUACUUUGACGAAAAGUCACAUGGUUGGACUGCCGAAGCUGGUCAAUACAAGCUUUACUUUGGAACAUCGGCCGCGGACAUUCUCCAGACUAUCCCUAUCACAAUCGACGAGCGGCUGUCUUUUGGCUUGUAG